AUGUCUCUAUUGUCACAAUUAUUUUUGUGGUUCAUAUCAGAUAUAUGGACAACAAUAACAAGUCUACUAAUUGCAUAUAUGGUCUACAAAAUGGCAAAAUUUUAUUAUCAAUAUUACAGUCUACCUCCCGGUCCAUUUCCAUUGCCACUGAUCGGCAAUUUGUUGGCAUUCAAAACUAAACAACAUUGUAAUUACGUUUUGACAAAAUUUGCCAAAAAAUAUGGUCCGGUAUAUACACUAUAUUUGGGAAACAGUCCACAAAUUAUUAUAACCGAUGCAAUCAUCGCAAGGGAAGCUUUUCGUAAAAAAUAUUUAUCUGGAAGACCUCAAAGCUAUUUUGGUAAUUCAUUUAAAACGGAUAUCAUUUUUUCCGAUUACGGUAAUCAUUGGGAAGCAUUGAGAAGUGUGGCGCACUCGGCCAUACUAAAAUACUCAUCUAAUGAACAAUUAGUUAACGUAGCGGUCGAUUGUGUGGACCAAACCGUCCAAACAAUGUUAGAAAGAGAGGGUCCAAACAAACCUAUCGAUCCAUUCAAUUACAUAUACUUAACGUUUCUCAAUAUUUUGGCGAUCAGUACUUUCGGAAAAACCUAUAGUAUUGAUGACCCGGUGUUCAAACAAUUAAAAUAUAUGUUAACCGAUGUUAACGAAGAAUUGGCUACACGACGGCUAUUAUGGGAGAUAUCACCGAUUGUCCGAUGGAUUGACCAGAAAAUGAUUAGAAAAAAUGAGAAAAACUUUAGUGAUCUAAUCGACCAGUUUAUCGAUAAAUAUAGACUGCAUUACAAUGACUACGAUUCAAGUAUUGAACGAGACAUUUGCGAUGCACUUAUAACUGCCAAAAACAAUGCGCUCCGGGAGGCAAAAGAGUCGGCACAGUAUCUGACCGAUGAAAAUCUAGCGCUGGCUAUAUUUGACCUAUUCUUUGCCGGAACCAAUACAUCGCAAAAUACAUUUCAAUGGAUACUUCUGUUAUUAUCCUACUAUCCAUCGAUGCAAACAAAGUUACGACAAGAAAUAGAUUCAAUAAUUGGCGACCGAAUGCCAACACAUGAAGAUAGACAGCGAUGUCAUUAUGUGAUGGCAUUUAUUGCCGAAACUUUAAGAUUCAGAAAUGUUGUGCCGGGAGGUGUCUUUCACAAAGCAAUGAUCACCAGUAAAAUAGGCGACUAUACAAUACAAAAAGAUAUGCCUGUGUUUGCAUAUCAGGGAUUUAUUUUACGAGACGACAAAUAUUGGGAAAAUAGUGAAACAUUUAUACCCGAGCGCUUCCUCGACAGUGACGGCCACUAUAUGACAGCCCGUUCGCCGGCAUUCAUACCCUUUGGUGUGGGACGUCGUAUAUGUUUAGGCGAGAAGUUGGCUAUUGUUGACCUGUUUCUAGUUUUGGUCCGAUUUCUACAAUCGACACAAAACUAUGACAUUGUUUUGGACAGUCAUAAUGGUUUAGAUAUCCUUCCCAAUGGAUCUUUCAACGAUAUCUAUCCGCAUAAAUAUACGAUUGUAUUAAAAACUAAAUAG